AAACUUGGAUGCAUUAUUUGGUGGGUCUCAGCCAUAAAUUGAGUUGAUAAUAGGCAGUGUAUAGAGUUAAUGGCUGGUAGGCUACCUGGUGUUGGGUUGCCUCCAAGGAAGAGAUCAGAGAAUCACCAUAGAUAUGAACACCAUGCUACCUACCGAGACUCCUACCUAAGGGAAUCAUUGGAGUCACCAUGGAUUUCACUUAGUGCCUUAGAUGAAACUGCUCUCAGGGCUAGGCAACGCCUGCAGAAGAAGCUUGGACACUUCUUUUCCUCCUCCAGGUCAAGUGACAGUAAAAAAAAGGAUGGAAAAAUAAGCCAAAGAACCUUCAAGAUUAAGGAUGCAUGUUUAGGUCGGAAGUUAUUAGACUGCUCAUGGUUAAUAUUACGGCCCAACAGGUUUAAGAAAGAGAGAAAAGUUUGUGCUGUUUGCCUAGAAGAUUUCCAGCAAGAGCAGCAAGUUAUGAACCUCAAUUGCUCCCAUAAGUACCAUUCAGCAUGUCUUCUCCCCUGGCUUGCAGACCAUCCCCAUUGUCCCUGUUGUCGAACCCCAGUUGUGCCCUGAUAUAUUUACUUGUCGAAGGGUAUGCAAAAGGUACCGUCUUUUUUCACUUCAUCAAGAAUAAUAAGCCAUGGAGAAUGGGGGUCUCAAAAGAUUUCUUCUUCUUCUAGUUUUGUACAUCAGUGAUAUAUUAUAAUCAGGGUGCUGCCUGGUAGAAAAGAGAAAAAUAUGAAAGUAGCUAGCAACCCAUUCAUUUGAGCAAAUUUCUUAUUAUGAUUGCCUAGGAUCUUAUUGACUUAUUGCUCUCUUACGGAAGUUUGAUCAGAGGAUAAAAUUUUUUUAACAGAGAAUACAAUUACUAAAAAU